AUGGCUUCCGGACACAACUCAGCGUUCUCCGCGUCCCUCCAACACCGCGUCUUGGGUGAUGGGCGCUCUUCAUUCAGUCAGGACGGUGGCUCGGCGGACGGGAGCUGGAACGAUGCGGUCCCCAGAUCAGGGCGCAAUGGAAGAUCUGGCUCUGGAGGUAGUGCCACUACGGGCGGGCGAGGAGCGUCGCUAGCCCCGUCCUUUGGCGGGCCUGGUAGCUUCAGCGCGGAGCUCCAGAGCAUGAGUUCACGGAGUGUCACGCCGCGCCCCGACGGUACCUACACGAGACGAGCCAGCAAAUCGAUUGGCGAAUAUGACCUACAUACGACCGAAGAGCGACAAGCGGUGAUUCGAGAUAAAAUCGCGAAGGAGAUGAAGAUUAAAACUGGAACGGAAAACAUGUUGGAGGCACUGUUGGCAAAGCCCCCAAAGCAGACCAAGGAUCAGCGUAUACGAGUGGAAUCGGAACUGAGCACAUCCAACCGCAAGCUGGCCCAGCUGCAACAUGAGCUGGAAGAGGAGCUGCUUCGUGCGCAGGCGCCAUCUACAACGCCCCCGCGCAGUCGCAUUUCAAGCCUCUUCCGAAGUAGUCCUAUGCGCUCGCCAUCGCGGAACAACAACUUCCCAGAACCUGUUGACGAGGAACAACAGGAGUACGAGGAGGGAGAUAUGGAGUCGCCAACCUAUGUUCUUACCGAAACACUCCAGGCCCUAGAGAUCGAGGGCAUGUCUCCCGAUUUCUACGUCGAGCGCGCUAACAACUUGGUUGAACUGUUCAAGCGGCAUCCUACGCUAAAAUACGAUCUCGCAUGGCCUGUUUUUGGCUUGCGCGUUCAAGUAAUGCUUCUCAGCGACAGCAAGGAGGUGGUGGCUGCUGGUUAUCGGCUUACCCGCUACGCCAUAGCGGAUCGAAAGUCCCUCCAAACGAUUCGAGCAUUGCAUACCGAUGAGCUCGUUAUUUUGUCUCUCGUCAAAGAGAGCAAAGCCAGCAUUGAGAGGGAGCAAGCUCUCAAGUUUGUUAGAGCCUUCCUUGAUGUCAAAGAUGGCGUCAAGGAGAUAUCACAUGCUAUUGUGCGCACAAUAGUCUCCAUUGCUGAACAUCACGAAGACCGUCUGCGGAACAUAUCAAUCAUGACCCUUGCGGAGAUGCUGGUCAAAGAUCCCGAGCUCGUUGCUGCGGCUGGCGGUUUUGCUGCUUUGCACGAUGCUUUAUCCGAAGGCACAUUUGGCGCUUCAGAGAGUUUAAUCUCAAGCUUCUUACAUGUCCUGGACACUCCACGCAGUCGAAAGUACCUUCAGGGGUGUGAACUAGAAGCCGUCCUAGCGCCCUUUACUGACUCCUUGGCUGAUUCUCUGCGUCAUGGCCGGUUAAAAUCUGCAGCGCGUGCGAUCUCUGCAAUGCUCAAAACGUGGCCGGGCCUUGUGAUUCUGGCAAGAAAUGGGGCGCAACCACUCAAGUCUCUUCUUGAAUCACUCCACUACCCUGAUCCUCAAGCUCGCGAUCUCCUUAUGGAGCUCUUAUUCGAUGCCUUGCGGAUAAAGCCACCAUCCUGGUCAUCGUCAUUCCUUGCGGGUAGAAGACUCACGACAUACGGAAGAGUCUCAAACCUGCGCGCUGAAACUGAAUCGAAACUUACCCGCGAAUUCUCCGACGCCAGUAGUAACAAAUUCGAUCUCACAGCACACUUCUCGACCCUCAUAUUGGCAGCUUUGAUCGCAGCCGGGCUUCCAAAGGCACUGUCGGAUCUCAUUGAAGAUGAAACGGAUCCCUCCCUCCGACGCAAGGCCACUCUCCUCUUGACCGAAGUACUCAAACUUGCUCAUCACUCGUUGCCGUCAAGCGUCAGUGCCAAACUUCAAGUUCUUCCCCAUCUUCUUCCUCCCGCAAUCCAACAUGACUUCGAAAAUCAUGACGUCUCUACCUCGACCAUCUUUCAAAUCGAGAGCAUCAACCGAACACUGGCACGCUCUGGAGGCCUUUCCAAUGGUGCAGGCCGAUACAUGGAUGCCGAAAUAUCACUUUCUCUGCUACCUGGUGAGCAAGGCAAAGACAAGCUGAGCCCAUCCAUGGACGAGCAAACAUUCCGUAAUGCAAUAUUGGAGACCCAUGUGUUGAACACGGUCAACUACAUCAAAUGGAAGUGGGACCUCAUCCAUCGCCUUGUUGAGGGCCCUCUCACAAACCCCAAACGCAUGGACGAGGCCAUCAAAGGUUCCAAGUUCAUGAAGCGUCUCAUUGGGUUCUACCGACCUUUCAAAUAUCGAUUUGCGAUGGUCCCGAUUUCAAAGGCGAACCAACGCUAUGUCCGAACAGGUUGUGCGUUGAUGCGGACCCUGGUCCAAACAUCCGAGGGUACCAAGUAUCUGGCCGAGAACAAGUUUCUGCGGCAAGUAGCAGAAUGCCUGGCGCAGCUUGACCGCAUGAGCGGUUUGACAUCUACUUCGCCCCUCUUUUCGCGCGAGCAAAUGGCCAAUACAUUGAGUGGAGGCUACUUUGCGAUGCUGGGGACGCUGAGUGCCGAUGCAAAUGGGCUUCUCAUGAUGGAGAGAUGGCAUAUGCUGAACAUGUUCUAUCAUAUCAUCGAGCUUCAAGACCGGAAUGAUCUUAUCCAAACCCUUCUGGGGAAUAUGGACUACAGUCGAGACAGCCACCUCCGAGUCAUGCUUUCCAAGGCUCUCACAAUUGGCUCGAAGGAUAUUCGCAUAUUUGCAACCAAGCUCCUCCGAAAAUAUGCCGUUGGAGACGUUGCCGUCAGUCCACAUGUGGCUAUUGGCAACGCUGAAUGGGUCGUGAAGCUCCUCGUGACUCAACUUUACGACCCCGACGUCACGGUCUGUCAGGUAGCUGUGAAGAUCCUCGAGGAGGCAUGCAACCAGCGUGACUACCUAGAGUUCGUGGUCAAAUGCCGCCCUUCUCUUGAUCACCUCGGGGAGAUCGGCGCACCGCUACUCCUGCGCUUCCUGUCAACCUCCGUCGGCUACCAUUACCUAGAUGGCCUGGACUAUAUUACGCAGGAAAUGGAUGACUGGUUCCUCGGUCGAAAUGACUCGUACGUCGCCCUUGUGGAAGCGGCUCUGUCUCGAGCCUACAUCGAUCAGCCACGACGGAGCAGUCUUGCACCUGAGGACUUGGUGGAUAUGCAGGAUGUCGGAGUCGUUCCACCCCAUUUCUACCGAGAACUCGCUCGGACAGCCGAGGGCUGCAAGCUGCUGGAGCAGUCCGGGCAUUUCAAUGAGUUUGCUUGGACGAUUCGGGACUUCCGUCUGGAAGAGGAAGAUACUGAGGUGCUUCUCAAGGUCAAAGGAUGUCUCUGGGCCGUGGGCAAUGUCGGAUCUAUGGAGCUCGGUGCGCCAUUCUUAGAGCCUGAGAUCGUGCAGCGAAUCGUGGCGAUUGCCGAGAGUGCCGGUGUGCUGACCAUGCGAGGCACUGCCUUUUUCGUCCUGGGAUUGGUCUCUCGUAGCAAGCAUGGACUGAAGGUUCUGCGGGAGCUGGGAUUGGACUCUGCUAUUGACUCGGAAGGAGAUUCGCUGGGUCUUUGUCUUCCUACCGACUUCCGCACUCUGUUUUUGAUUUCCUUUCCUGGCUACAAUUCCGAGGCCAAACGAACCCCACAGGACAAACUAAAGGAGGCCACCACAGACUCGGACCAGACCAACCAGAAGAUCUUGAAACUGAUUGUGGAUAUGGGGAAUACUGUUCUAUCGAAGCGAUCGGCAGCAGACCUGCACAGCAUCAAAUCCAAGCAGCCUGAACGAUUCCACCAAGUCCAUCUUUUCCGCAAAGCGCUCUGCAUCCUUGAGAGUCAUCAUUUCCGGUUGCCAGCACGACGUUUUGCUCUAGACCUUUUCGACAAGAGCGUGAUGCGGCGAAUCGUUCUCGAGGACGAAUCCGAUAGCUCGGAUUCGGACUCGUCAACAUGAGUCACAAUAUAACUCCUCCUCUUCUUC